AGCUUUCUACUACUUUUGGAAACCAAGAGCUUCCUCUAUUCUCACUUGCACUCUUUCAUUCUCUUCUCUUCUCUUCUCUUCUCUCUCUUAGGGCUAAGCUCUCACUUCCUCUUCUUCUUCUAUAAAGCUCUCGAAUUCGAAACCAGCCAUGGAUUCGCACACCGACGACGCCAACCUCGACGGAGAGCCUGAACACAUUGACCGGCCGGACCACCGAGUUCCCGAGGCGGAGGACGAGGACUACAAGCCGUCAUCUCAGCCUCACACCGGCGACGGCGCCAGCCCCGGGAAAAUCUUUAUAGGGGGUUUGGCGAGAGAGACCACUGCAGCUCAAUUUGUGAAGCAUUUUGGUAAAUAUGGAGAGAUUGUAGAUUCGGUUAUAAUGAAGGAUCGGAAAACCGGGCAGCCCCGGGGGUUCGGGUUUGUGACCUAUGCUGAUCCCUCUGUGGUUGAUACUGUUAUAGAGGAGGCUCAUGUUAUCAAUGGAAAGCAAGUGGAGAUCAAGAGGACGAUACCUCGGGGAGCAGCGGGGUCGAAAGAUUUCAAGACAAAGAAGAUUUUCGUGGGUGGAAUUCCCACAACAGUGAAUGAAGAUGAGUUUAGCGACUUCUUUUCACAGUUUGGAGAGGUUAAGGAACAUCAGAUUAUGCGGGACCAUUCUACCGGUCGCUCACGGGGAUUUGGAUUUGUUACCUUUGAGACAGAGCAACCAGUUGAUGAUCUCUUGGACAAAGGGAACAGGCUUGAGUUUGCUGGAGCUCAGGUGGAGAUAAAAAAGGCAGAGCCAAAGAAGCAGAGUGUAGCCCCACCCCCAUCAAAACGGUACCAUGAUUCUAGGCCUGCAUAUGGUGGUGGUCCUGGUGGAUAUGGAGAUAGUUAUGGUGGAUUUGGCGGUGGAGGCUAUGGUGGUGCAGGUGCAUAUAGGUCGAACACAACGGCCUAUGCUGGUAGAGGCACUGGGUAUGGAGGAUAUACUGGAAGUGAGUUUAGUGGUUAUGGAGUGUAUGGUGGUGGCGGUGGGGGUAUAGGGGCUUAUAGGGGUGAAACCUCAAUAGGAGGCUAUGCAAGCCGUUAUGGAGGAGCCUAUAGCAGAGGUUAUGAUCUUGGAGGUGGUGGUGGUGGUUAUGGAGGAAUAGGUGGUGAGAGUUAUGGGGGAUAUGGAAGUGCCAGUGGUGGAGCUGGUGGUGGUUACGGGACUGGGAGUGGAAGUGGCUAUGACGCCGGCUUUGGAGGAGGCUACGGAGCUUCCUUUUAUGGUAGAGGAUAUGGUGGUGCUGGUAGUGGUCGAUAUCAUCCUUAUGGGAGGUAGUGUGUCUUGUAUUUUAGGUCCAAGGAAUCCUUCCAGCCAAGUGAGAAACUAGCUUCUGUUUUCAGUUUCAUUUAUUUCAUCUCAGAGAUGUUCCUGGUUUCUGCUCUUUAAUUUCUUAAGAGGGCAAAAUUCCUUCACCCAGAAAUAUGCGAUCAAAGUGACCUGGUCUUUGUCUUAUCUUUUCUGCUAAUCGACAUCAACAAACUGCACGCAGUGCAGAUGUAAUACACAUUUCUUAUUCCGUACCUUUUUUUCGUCUAAACUGCUCUCUCGGCUUCUACUGUGUAAUUUGUUAUGUACUUCGUAAACAUCAAAGAGUCGUCGGUUUUGUUAUGUUUUGAUCAUGUAUAUCAGCCUGUUCAUUCGAGGGAUUUAUUUAUAGUGGUCCUCAUUACCAAUA